CUUCUAGCAUUGUGAGAUCACGGAGGCAGACAGAAAAUUUGGCUGGAGCUGUCAAAACUUCGGCAAGUCCUGGAAGCUGGAAAUCAGAGAUCCUAUUUCUUGUAAACGUCUCAUUGGCUCUUCUGACGUUUCCAUUGUGGAGAUUAGAGAAGGAGGUCCACUAUUGCCCAACACAGGUUCAUAGUCAGUCGGGUUACACAUUACUUUUCUGGCUGUGUCUCUUACCUGACUUGGAUAUAUAACAUGGACUCAAGCGUACAGUAGUCGAGUGAUUUUUGCUUGUAAUUGAAGUUUUUUUCUCCAAUUCUAAAGUUUCUGAGAAUAAAGUAGUCAAGAACAACUAGAAGAAGAGAGACUUGGGUGGCUCUGAUGGGUCCCACCAGGAAAACAAGAAUGUGGGAAGCUGGUCUGGACAUACUAUUCUUUAUCAUCCUCAUUAUCAAUAACACUAGCUUUGCACUGGAAGACAAGAAAGUAUGCAUUAGCACAUUCAACAAGUUUAAUCGGCUUGGAUCAGAUGAAGAUCACUACAUUGCGAUGAAACGGACCUACAGUGACUGUGAGAUUGUGAUUGGAAAUCUUGAAAUCACCUACCUACAACCCCAUCAUAAUGCCUCCUUCCUAAAGAGCAUAAGAGAAGUUGGAGGUUAUGUUCUCAUCUCUUUGAAUGGUAUUAAAAGCAUUCCUCUAGAAAACCUUCGGAUCAUCAGAGGCAACACUUUGUACAAAAAUACAUAUGCAUUGGCCAUUGUCUUAAAUGUUCAAGAAAACCACAGUUUAGAAGAGCUUCCUAUGAGAAGUCUAACCGAAAUUCUUAAAGGCGGAGUUAGGAUAGGAGAAAAUCAAAACCUUUGCAGUUUAAGCACAAUCAAGUGGAAAGACAUCGUAAACGAAGAAAAUCCAAACAAUCAGAUUUCUGUGCAAAUGCAAUGCACUCCUGAUUUCAAAUGUCAUGAUAAUUGUAGUGGAUCAUGCUGGGGACCUGGCCCUGAAAACUGCCAAAUAUUCACAAAAACCAUUUGUGCUCAGCAGUGUUCAGGUCGUUGCAGAGGCCCUAUGCCCAGUGAUUGCUGUCAUAGCCAAUGUGCAGGUGGUUGUACAGGACCUAAAGAAAAAGACUGCUUGGCUUGCCGCAAAUUUCGUGAUGGCGAAACAUGCAAAGAAAGUUGCCCACUGCUGCACAUAUACAAUCCUUCUACUUACCAAAUGGAAGUAAAUCCAGAAGGAAAGUACAGUUUUGGAGCUUCCUGUGUAAAAACAUGCCCACGUAACUAUGUUGUGACUGUUCAUGGGUCGUGUGUUCGGACUUGUCCAGCGAAUUCUUAUGAAAUAGAAGAAAAUGAUAUGCGUAUUUGCAAAACAUGUGAUGGACCAUGUACUUCAGAAAAAGUUUGCACUGGAAUCGGUACCGGAGACUUGAAAACUGCUGUUACGAUAAAUGGUGGAAAUAUUGAAUCCUUUCAAAACUGCACCAAGGUGCAAGGAGACGUAGUCAUCCUGGCUUCGGCAAAGUCUGAUGACCGAUUCACUAAUACUCCAAAACUGGAUCCUGAAAAACUGAAUUACUUUAGGUCUGUGCGUGAAAUAACAGGAUGUUUAGUCAUUCAGUGGUGGCCAGAAAAUUACACUGAUUUGAGUCAAUUUGAAAACCUUGAAGUGAUCCAUGGCAGAAAUAUACGACACUAUACUUUUUCUUUGGGUAUCGCCCGUCUGUCCAUAACCUCAUUGGGAUUACGGUCCCUCAAAGAAGUGAGCGAUGGAGAUGUUAUAAUUAAGACAAACAAAAACCUUUGCUACGUUGACACGAUCAACUGGAAAAAUAUCUUCAGAACAAACCAAAACUCCAUUGUUGAAAACAAUGAACUCCCAGAGAAUUGUGCGGCCAAGGGAGAUGUGUGUGACCCUUUAUGCUCUGAUGAUGGAUGUUGGGGGCCAGGGCCUUUCCAGUGUUUUUCCUGCCGCAAUUUUACUCGUGGACGGGAAUGUGUUGACUCCUGCAAUACCUUAUCAAGGGAGCCUCGAGAGUAUGUGAGUGAUGGCGUCUGUUUUAAGUGCCACUCUGAGUGCAUGCCUCAGAACACCACUGUCACCUGCAGCGGACCCGGUCAAGAGGACUGUACAAAAUGUUCCCACUACAAAGAUGGUCCAUACUGUGUCCAGUCAUGUCCAUCUGGAAUUCUGGGUGAAAAUGAUACAUUGAUCUGGAAGUAUCCAGAUCACAAUGGAGUUUGCCAGCAUUGUCACCCUGAAUGCAAAAUGGGAUGCGAAGGAGCAGGAACUGCAGGUUGUCCACUUCCUUUGUCAAAAGUUGCAUCCAUUGCUGCUGGUAUAGUCGGAGGAAUCCUUGGAGCCCUUGUGCUUGCACUUGUUACCUACUUCUUUAUUCGCAGAAAUCGUAUCCAUAGAAAACGCACUCUGCGCAGGUUACUUCAGGAGAGAGAGCUGGUUGAGCCUGUCACGCCAAGCGGAGAAGCUCCUAACCAAGCCCUUCUUCGAAUUCUAAAGGAGACAGAAUUUAGGAAAAUAAAGAUUCUUGGCUCAGGAGCAUUUGGCACAGUCUAUCAGGGCCUGUGGAUACCAGACGGGAAGGGAGUAAAGAUUCCUGUCGCCAUCAAAGAGUUGAGAGAAGCCACAUCGUCCAAAGCCAACAGGGAAAUUCUUGAUGAAGCGUAUGUCAUGGCCAGUGUUGACAAUCCCCAUGUUUGCCGUUUAUUGGGAAUAUGUUUGACUUCUACUGUCCAGCUGAUCACACAACUCAUGCCUUAUGGCUGCUUACUGGACUAUGUUCGUGAACACAAGGACAACAUUGGCUCAAGACAUCUUCUCAACUGGUGUGUGCAGAUUGCCAAGGGUAUGGGCUACCUUGAAGACCGCCGUUUGGUCCACAGAGAUUUGGCUGCUCGAAAUGUUCUUGUGAAAGGUCCACAACAUGUCAAGAUCACCGAUUUUGGGUUGGCGAAACUACUGGGGGCAGAUGAAAAAGAAUAUCACGCAGAAGGAGGAAAGGUACCUAUUAAAUGGAUGGCCCUAGAGUCAAUUCUUCAUAGAAUUUACACCCACCAGAGUGAUGUAUGGAGUUAUGGGGUUACUGUGUGGGAAUUAAUGACAUUUGGAUUGAAACCAUAUGAUGGGAUCGCAGCCAGUGAAAUUUCAACAAUUUUAGAAAAGGGGGAGCGUCUUCCACAGCCUCCAAUCUGCACAAUUGAUGUGUAUAUGAUCAUGGUGAAAUGUUGGAUGAUAGAUGCUGAGAGCCGUCCCAAAUUCAGAGAGUUAAGUGCGGAAUUUAGCAAAAUGGCUCGAGACCCAACACGCUACUUAGUCAUACAGGGCGAUGAAAGAAUGAACUUACCAAGUCCCGUUGAAUCAAAAUUCCAUCAUGCGUUGGUGCAAGAAGAAAUGGGAGACAUAGUUGAUGCUGAGGAAUACCUGAUACCAAAUCAAGGGUUCUUUAGCUCUCCUUCAACCUCACGGACUCCUCUUCUGACUACGCCGCAGGGACCACCGGUUAGAGAAGACAGUUUUAUUCAAAGAUACAGCACAGACCCUACAGUCAUUUUGGAUGACAGUGUGGAUGAUGAGUUUCUUCCUGCUCCUGAAUAUGUAAACCAAAUCAUUCCAAAACCCUUCACUUCAGCAAACGUCAACGGGAAUCCAUCUAAUGGUGUUAAGUCUCCUCUGGAAAAUCAUUACCAGAAUUCCCAGAGCAAUGGCGUGAAGAACCCAGAGUAUUUGAAUUUAGCCCAAGAUAUCAUCUCUAAACCAGAGUUUAGCUAUCAUUCCCUCUGGGACCAAAAAUUCAACCAUCAAAUAAAUCUUGAAAAUCCCGAUUACCAACAAGACUUCUUUCCUAAAGAAUCAAAGACCAAUGGACGUUUUAAGAUUCCUGCAGCUGAAAAUCCAGAAUAUUUGGGAUUGGCACCUAAAAGUGACUAUAUUGAGACAUCGGCAUGACCAUAGUUAUUUAUCAUUCCUGUUUUUCUUCUUAUUGGGACACAGCUAGGCCUCCAUUGGCCUUUAGGGAAACACAAGGGCAAAAAGUAGCCCAAUACACUAAAGUAUGGACAAUGAAGGUAUACUUCGGUUGUAUCUGGCAGUCAACUAAAAUGACAUAUGGCAGUUACAAUGUUUCUC